AUGGCGAGGAAUUCAAGCUUCCUAAUCCUAUUGGCCUCUUUGUAUCUCAUGGACUUCGCUAUUGCCAAAAUUCCGUGCAAGACAGAAGUUAGCUUACCUGGUAUGGCUCUCAAAGGAUUCGUCUUUAAAAAGGUCCCAGUAACAGCUCCUCAUGUGUGCGAUAUCACCUGCGAGAGAGAAACGAUAUGUCAAAGCUACAAUUAUGUAAUUGGGGAAAAGUCCUGUGAAUUGAACUCCCGAACCAAGGAAGCAAGGCCCGAGAAUUUUCAGCCAGAUGAUUUACGCUUUUACAUGGGACGCAUUAGUGGUAGAACCCCCUUAGGAUCUAUUCCCGAAUUACCAGCGUUAUCGUGCCAAGAGAUAAAAUUAAGUGAAGGUAAAGACAGCAUCAGUAAAAACUACUGGUUGGAUCCAACUAAUGUCGGGAGCUCAAAGUUGGUUUACUGCGACAUGAUUUUGGAAGACAUCGAUGAAUGUAAAGGCAGCAAUAACGUUUGUGACGAAAAUGCAAACUGCUCCAAUACUGUUGGGUUUUAUAAUUGCACCUGCAAAGAAGGAUUUAUUGGGGAUGGACGCUCGUGCUCAG